GCUGGUGCUGUCUCAGCGAGUGGUCUCACAGCGGGUAUGUUGAGACCAAUGGCUCGCCACGAUGCUGACAUGAUGCUCGUUUCGUUCGCUCACUCGCCCCCCCACCCCCACCCCAGGCCUCACGCUCUCGUACCGCCUUCUCAUCAAUCCAAUCUUCAAUGGCCCUCUCGCCGCCGCCGGCUCCAAUCCUGGUCCUACCCUGAUGCCCUCGAGCCGACUGGCGGUCUGGCACACUGCUUUCAACCUCGGCGCAAAGACUAUCCCUCCCUUUGCAGGCGCAGCCACCGCCUUGAUCAUCGCUCUCGCCGCGAGGCGCAGAGUCGGAUCGCGGGGUAACUCGUCCAAGACCUGGCUCUUUGUCGCGGCCGCCAUGCAAAUUGUCCAUGUUCCAUUCACACUCCUCGCGAUCGCUCCAACCAACGCUAAGCUCAUCGCCAUGCGGGCGGCCAAGAAUCUAGAUAUGGACAAGGUAGGCAUGGAAAAUCUCAACUUGCUGCUCAACAAAUGGUGCGGAUUGCACAAUGUGCGGAUCGCUACGGCCACGACGGCCUUCUUAAUGGUCGUGACAUCGCUCCUCUCAUGAUGAUGCAUCCUAGUCACGUUGCGCGCGUUAUCGUCUUCGGGAUGGGGAUCGGUUGGAUAUCUGCGGCUAAGGCUUUUAGUAGGGAUAAGGAUUUGAAGGGGAAUUUCGUCCUGUCGUCAGCCCCGGCCCCAAUGCUUGACCCACUUGCACAUCUGGCACACUGGCAACGGCUUGC